GUGGGGGGGGGUAGCGGAGUCAACAUUCUGUACCAAGCAAUGUACCGCAGUGUCGUCCUGCCGCCCUAUCCGACACACAGAGAAAACUGCAGUACUGCAAAGUGUGGAGCGAGAGGGGAGCACAAGAAAGAGGAGGGAGGGGGUUGGGAAAGAGGUACCGCACCAUCGUUAUUAGUCCAGCUGGAGAGAGAGAGGGGAAGGGGAGCGACGCAUUAUUGCAGUAUAGUGCCAUCACACAAACACACACUAACGAAACUAGCGCACAAACCGACACACARAUACGCUUCGACACACUCGCCGGGAGAGGGGGAACAACGGCGGUGUUAGAUAAUUCUAGAUAAUUCUGAAACUAGACCACGGGAAAAUAGUGAAAUUAUAUAAAUGGUUAAUGUAAAGGAAAGUGAAAUCAGUUGUGUUUAGCUUUUGAAGGGGAACGUGCAACRUAAACCAUUGGUGUGAUUUUGAGCAUCUCGACUCAGCAUCUUUGGAGUAUCACGACUUCUCUUGCAUAGAUUUAUUAUUUAAAGAAAAUCGCCAAGCAUCCUUMGAUUUAUCCCUUAUGGAUUUUACGAGCUGAAAUUGAGAAUCUGUGCAUCACCCGUAUUCACUUUCAACCUCUGGUUCCGUUGCCUUUCUUCGAGUGAAUUAUUACCCGACGCUUGCCUGGGUAUUGCGGUACUUUGGGGAUGACUUGCGGUGCUAAAGCAUUGCUUUGAGGUUACUGCAUCAGCUUCUGCGUCCGUUUGUUAUUAACGCAUCAUUUUAAUCAGUCGAGUCUCUGAGGUUCUGGACAUCUUUGGACGACAGCAGAGAUUUUCCCAUUGCUUUUUUGUGAUUUCGCUUUUUAAUUUUUUACUUCAGACCCUUCCCCCUUUCGUCUCUCGCAACCCCCCCUCCCCCUCCCUCCCCCCACCGCUCAGUGACAGUGUGUCAGUUCCAAGCAGCUGCAUAGAAGAUGUCUGCCCCAGAUGCUGCUCCCCCAGCUGGACCUCCCGGAGCCCCAGGGGCCCCAGGAGCAGACGGAGCCCCAGGUGGAGGGCCCCCACCCCCUCCUCCCAACACCUCCAGCAACCGCAGGCUACAACAGACACAAGCCCAAGUGGAGGAGGUGGUGGAUAUUAUGCGGGUGAAUGUGGACAAGGUUCUGGAGAGGGACCAGAAGCUGUCGGAGCUAGAUGACAGAGCGGAUGCCCUCCAGCCGGAGGAAAGAGAUGUAAGAAAGCUCUAG